UUCAUCUUCCAUACAGUUGUGGAGAGAAGCCACAAUAGCCUUUGAAGAGCGUAACAACCUUUCCCCUUUUUUUCAGGUUUCCAUAUAUGCUGUGGCUGACAAGAUACAUCAGGCGGAUUAUGCCCUGGAUACCGCAGUGACUCUUCUAGAAUUUUACGAGGAUUAUUUCAGGAUUCCAUAUCCCUUACCCAAACAAGAUCUUGCUGCCAUUCCUGACUUUGAGAGUGGUGCUAUGGAAAACUGGGGACUGACCACAUACAGAGAAUCUAUUCUCUUGUUUGACGCUGAGAAGUCGUCUGCGUCGGAUAAGCUUGGCAUUACGAUGACGGUGUCGCAUGAACUCGCCCACCAGUGGUUUGGGAACCUCGUCACCAUGGAAUGGUGGAAUGAUCUUUGGUUAAACGAGGGAUUUGCCAAGUUUAUGGAGUUUGUGUCCGUCAGUGUGACUCAUCCUGAACUGAAAGUUGAAGAUUAUUUCCUCGGCAAGUGUUUUGACGUGAUGGAGCUGGAUGCGUUAAAUUCGUCACACCCUGUGUCCACAGCUGUGGAGAAUCCUGCUCAGAUUCGCGAGAUGUUUGAUGAGGUUUCUUAUAAAAAGGGAGCUUGUAUUCUGAAUAUGCUAAGGGAUUAUCUCAGUGCCGAAGCAUUUAAAAGCGGUAUUGUACGUUAUCUCCAGAAGUACAGCUACAAAAACACGAGGAAUGAGGACCUGUGGAAUAGUAUGGCAAGUAUUUGCCCUACAGAUGACUCACAGAGCAUGGAAGGCUUUUGCUCCAGGGAUCCACAUUCAUCUUCAGCCUCACACUGGCGGCAGGAAGGCCUUGACGUAAAAACCAUGAUGAACACGUGGACGCUGCAGAAAGGCUUUCCCCUGAUAACCGUCACGGUGAGAGGGAGGAACGUACACGUGAGGCAGGAGCUCUACAGGAAAGGACCCGAGGACACCUCAGAAACUGGGUAAAGUUCAGAGCGGAACACUUGGGUUGUUCCCUUGGUAACACCUGCCUGCGCGAUGAAACUUUUUUUUCAGACUCUCGCCUUGACUGUUGAAGUAUUUCGAUUAAAUCUCUGUAUCCCACGAAGUCGACUUACACGCCACCAUCUUCCCAAGAGGGGAAAUGUGGGUUUAAACCUUGGCUCAUCUCCGUAAAGCUGGUAAUAGAUCAUUAUUUUAAAUUUCUCCUGUUCUGUAGUUUGAUGGGAUGGUAAUUCCAGUUCCUGACUAGAAACAAGCUCUAAACUAAGCAACUGCCACCAAAUGCCGAUAGCGCCUGGCAGUUGGGUUGGAGCUGAGGACAUAAACAUUCAGGUGAUGUCUGGGGCUUACGAGAGACUCGGUGGUUUUUUGGAAGUCUAUGUUCGAUCCUGGAAUCUGUUCAUCGGCUUUAACACUUCAGAAGGACAUCUCUGGAAAGGAGAGCGUGCACCUUGACUGACUCUAGAUGGGCAGUACUUAGAAAAAAAUUAUUUUGAAAUAAUUGCAGACUUACAGAGAAGUUGAAAGAAGAGCACAAAGAAUUCUCAUGCAUUCUUUACCCAGAUACACAUACAUGUUAACGCUUUACCACAUUUGCUUUAUCAUUCUCUCUCCCUCCCUUCUCUCCUCUGUCUCUUUACAUAUAACCUAAAAUAUGUACAUAAAACCUAAAAUAGAACCUAUGUCUAAUCCAAAAUAUCAGUUAAAAAUACGCUCUUUGUCUUAUUGUAUACUCUCUGCAUAGCAUAUAUAUAUUAUUAAAGUAUAAUGACAAACAGUACCCUAUUUCAGAUACACAUCAUACUGAUUGAAUAUAUUUAUACAUUGCAAAAUACCAAUGGUAAGUCUUAUUACCGUCUGUCACUAAAGUUAUUACAAUAUUACUGACUGCAUUCCUUAUGCUGUACAUUACAUCCUGUGACUUAUUUCAAACUGGAAGUUUGCAUCUCUUAAUCUCCUUUACCUAUUUUACCCCCCCGUACCACCUCCCAUAACCAACGGUUUCCAUUAUUUAUGAGUCUGUUUUUAGUUUUUCAGAUUACACAUGAAGACAAAUACCAUAUGAUUUCACCUAUAUCUGUAGGACUUAAUUCAUGAAAGCGUAGUAUCCUUUAGGUCCAUCUCUGUUGUUGCAAAUGGGAAGAUUUCAUUCUUUUUUAUGACUAGUCCUCCAUUGUGUAUGUACAUAUGUGUAUAUAUCCUUUUUUUAUCCAUUUAUUAGUGGUCGCUUAGGUUGGUUCCAUAUCUUGCUAUAGGUCAACUAUGCUGCAGUGAGCAUACAGGUGCCUGUGUAUCUUCUCAGAUGGGGGUUUUCAUUUUCUUUGAAUAAAUACCCAGGAGUAGAAUUGCUGGAUCAUAGUUUUAAUUUUUUUAGCAACCUGCUUACUAUUGAUGAUAGUGACGGCCCCAGUUCACACUCUCACCAUCAGGAAAAUGGAGCCUCCCAUUUCCUCAGCAUUCUUACCUAUAUUUGUCAUUUGUUUUUAUUACUUCAUUUUCUUUUCAUCAUAACGGUACUCUUGAAUCCCCAUCACCUAUUUCACCCAUCCCCCCACCCACU